AUGUCGACUUCAUCAUUGACUCCUCGUCUCACACGCCGGACCAGGAUCGUGUGCAUCAGCGACACCCAUAAUUCCACUGUCAAGCUGCCAAAGGGCGAUGUCCUGAUACACGCUGGCGACCUCACGAACCAGGGGAGCUACUCCGAGCUCUCCAAGGCUGUUCAAUGGCUCGAAAAGGCUGACUUUGAGGCCAAGAUUGUUAUUGCAGGAAACCAUGAUAUCACGCUUGACCAUGAUUUCUACUCGAAGCACGGAUCAAGUUUCCACAACCAAACCCCCCAAGAUCCGGCAAAGUGUUUAUCCCUGUUUACUUCAAGCCGCACUAUCACAUAUCUCCAGAACGAGAGCGCUACCGUUAGACUAACGAAGCCUGGCGGUCCCGGCACCGAAUUCACCGUUUUUGGAUCCCCUUACAGUCCCCAAUAUGGCACAUGGGCCUUCAUGUACCCCCGUUCAACGAGUCACAAACCAGAAUCGUCAGACUCUGCCAACACGGCAACAGAGCUAUGGGCAGCCAUUCCCCCAACCACUGACAUCCUCGUCACCCACACGCCGCCCUAUUCACACUGCGAUGACGAGUACGGAUGUGUAGAGCUGCGGAAGACGCUCGCCAAAGUACGACCCCGACUCCACGUGUGCGGCCACGUUCACCAAGGCAGAGGAGCGGAGCGCGUGAGAUGGGACACGGACCGCCUCACCACCGAAGACGAGGCUGCUGCCGAGGCCUCCGUGGAAGCAUGGGAAGAUCCCAAUCCGGAUCCAUCAUCCGCCAAGAUCAGCCUGGUUGACCUCACAGGGCGCGGGGGGAAGCACCCUCUCGAUUUUACGAACGCCGCACAACCAGCCGGUGACACGCCCGAGCACUUACCGGACCCGCCAGCCCAACGGUUCCCAUGUGCCUCGUCCCAUCCCGGGCCCGGGGGUCAGGAUAGGGAGGGGCCGGGGGAUCCGGAAGCGCGGGUCGGGAACCCUGAUUCAGCUCUGGCGGUUGAGCAUGGGGGCGCCAUCUCCGAAAGCAUGGGGCAGCCCGCCGCCGCCGCCGCGACGGACCGCACGGGCAGACGAGAAACGUGCAUUGUCAACUGCGCUAUUGUUGCCACGGGCUGGCCGCAUACAGGGGGGAAGCGGUUCAACAAGCCGAUCGUGGUUGACCUUGACUUGCCGGUGUGGGGGUGA